AUGGCCCUGCACCUGCCCACUGCAGUCGGUGCAAGCAGAGCUUGCAAGUCCUAUGAGCUAUUCACCUCAACUGUCUUGAUGCUGAUCUCGGUCCACCGUCUGCAAGCCAAUCCAGACGCUGCCUGCACUAUCAACAGUCACUUUUUGAAACUGGAAGCGAUGGGAUUCCUCAUUCAUGUUGUGGGCCUCUAUUACAGUGGUGUCAAAAUGCUGCCCCUAGCCUUACAAAACAUAGGGGAGUCCGUAGCGGGUCUCUCGCAGCUCUGCAGCCGGUUUCUCCGCCGCCAGCCGGAGAGGGGGGUCCCAGCCUUCCUCCGUGCCGGGGGAAGCUGCGGCCCCGCUGCCCAGGCUGCGCCGGCAGCGGCAGGCAGAGCCGCGACCCCCAAGUCGGUGUGCGAAGGGUGCCAGCGAGUUAUUUCGGACCGGUUCCUGCUGCGCCUGAACGACAGCCUGUGGCACGAACAGUGCGUCCAGUGCGCGUCCUGCAAGGAGCCCCUGCAGACCACCUGCUUCUACCGCGACAAGAAGCUCUACUGCAAGCUGGACUACGAGAAGCUCUUCGCGGUGAAGUGUGCCGGGUGCCUGGAGGCCAUCGCAACCAGCGAGCUGGUGAUGCGCGCCCAGAAGCGCGUCUACCCCCUGCGCUGCUUCUGCUGCUGUGUCUGUGAGCGGCGCCUGCAGAAGGGCGAUGAGUUUGUGCUGAAGGAGGGGCAGCUCCUCUGUAAGGGCGACUACGAGAAGGAGCGGGAGCUGCUGAGCUUGGUGAGCCCGGCUCUGUCGGAUUCUGGCAAAAGUGACGAUGAGGACAGCAUCUGCAAACUGGGCCAAGCCUCGGGGAAGGGCGCCGAGGACGGGAAGGAUCACAAGCGGCCCAAGAGACCCCGGACGAUCCUGACCACGCAGCAGCGCAGGGCGUUCAAGGCGUCGUUUGAGGUUUCCUCCAAGCCCUGCAGGAAGGUGCGAGAGACCCUGGCGGCUGAGACGGGGCUGAGUGUCCGCGUGGUGCAGGUCUGGUUCCAGAACCAGCGAGCAAAGAUGAAGAAGCUCGCCAGGAGGCAGCAGCAGCAGCAGCAGGAUCAGCAAAACACACAGCGCCUGAGCUCAGCCCAGACGAAUGGCAGUGGCAGCGCGGGGCUGGAGGGGAUGCUGAACCCCUACACCGCUCUGCCCCCGCCCCAGCAGCUGCUGGGCAUGGAGCAAAGCGUCUACGGCUCCCACCCCCUCCCGCAAGGGCUCACCCCGCCGCAGAUGCCUGGAGACCACAUGCACCCCUACGGUGCCGAGCCCCUGUUCCACGACUUGGAUAGUGAUGAUACCUCACUGAGCAACCUGGGCGACUGCUUCCUUGCCACAGCGGACGCAGGGCCACUCCAGGCGCGAGUGGGGAACCCCAUCGACCACCUCUACUCCAUGCAGAACUCCUACUUCACCUCCUGA